AUGGCUCCCCACCCCAUGGCUCCCCACCCCAUGGCUCCCCACCCCAUGGCUGCCCACCCCAUGGCUCCCCACCCCAUGGCUCCCCACCCCAUGGCUCCCCACCCCCCCCAUGGCUCCCCCCAUGGCCCCACCCCAUGGCUCCCCACCCCAUGGCUCCCCACCCCAUGGUCCCCACCCAUGUCUCCACCAAAGCUCCCACCCCAUGGCUCCCACCCCAUGGCUCCCCACCCCAUGGCUCCCCACCCCAUGGCUCCCACCCCAUGGCUGCCCACCCCAUGGCUGCCCACCCCAUGGCUCCCCACACCCAUGGCUCCCCACCCCAUGGCUCCCCACCCCAUGGCUGCCCACCCCAUGGCUCCCCACCCCAUGGCUGCCCACCCCAUGGCUCCCCACCCAUGGCUGCCCACCCCAUGGCUCCCCACCCCAUUUCUCUCUAUUCAUCACCCCAUCCUCUCUGCCAACCCUUCUUCCCUACACCUACAUCCUAGCCCUGCCAACCCUCUCCGUUAGUCUGCCCCUCCAUGCUCUCCCCACCUCUCUGCUCUCCCCACCUCCUCUCUCUCUCUCACCUCUCUCUCUCUCCCCCUGGCUCUCCCCACCUCUGCCCCUCAUCUCCCCCCACCCACUCUGCCCCUCUCUCUCCACUCUCGUCACCCCUCUCUCUCUCCCCUCCACCUCUGCCUCCUCUCCUACUGCCACUCGCUCCUCUCCACCUCUCUCUCGCUCUCCCACAUCCCUCUCUCUCUCUCUCACCUCCUCUCACAUCCACCUCUCUCGCUCCCACCUCUGCCCCUCUCUCUCUCCCACCUCUGCCCCAUCUCGAAAUCACAUCUGGCUGCCCCCUCUGCCCCUCAUCCCUCUCUCCUUCACCUCUCCCCUCUCUCUCUGCUCCCACUCCCACCUCUGCCUCUCUCCCACCUCUUGCCCCACUCUGCCCUCUCUCUCCCUCUCCCUCUCUCUCUGCUCCCUCUCUCUCUCCCCCCACCUCUGCCCUCUCUCUCUCUCCCCUGACCCUCUCCUCACCUGCUCUCCUCUCUCUCUCACUCCCACCCUCUCUCGCUCUCUCACCUCCUCUCUCUGCUCAACUCUCUCCCUCUCUCCUCUCUCCACCUCUCUCACCUCUCUCCUUUCUCUCUCUCACUUCUGCCCCCUCUCUCUCUCCCAACUCUGCCCCCUCUCUCUCUCCCAACUCUGCCCCUCUCUCUCCCAACUCUGCCCCUCUCUCUCCCACCUCUCUGUCCCUCUCUCUCCCACCUCUCUGUCUCUCUCUCUCUCUCACUCUCUCACAUCUGCCUCCCAUUCAUCCUCAGCUUUAAUCUCACCACAUGUAUUUCCCCAAGAUAACAAGCCAUUGCGCAUUCACUCCAUACACCCUUUUCCCAGUGAAUCACUCCUACUCAGCAAUUAGCCCCCAUACUAGGCAGAGUCUUAAUUGUUGUGAAUGUGUGAGGAGUGGUGUGUGGUGUGUGUGUGUGUGAGGGGUGGUGUGGUGUGUGUGUGAGGGGUGGUGUGUGUGUGUGUGGUGAGGGGUGGUGUGUGUGUGUGUGUGUGAGGGGUGGUGUGUGAGGGGUGGUGUGUGUGUGUGUGUGGGGGGGUGGUGUGUGUGUGUGAGGGGUGGUGUGUGUGUGUGUGCGGGGUGGUGUGUGUGUGUGUGCGGGGUGUGUGUGUGUGGGUGUGGUUUGUGAGGGGUUUUUGGGGGGUGUAGGUGGGGGUGUGUGUGUGUGUGUUGUGUGUGCAGGGGUGGUGUGUUGUGUGGUGUGAGCUGGGUGAGUGUGUGUGUGUUUUUGUGUGAGUGGGUGGUGUUGGUGGUUUGUGUUGGUGUGUGUGCGGGGUGUGUGUGUGGUUGUGCGGGGGGUGGUUUGUGUUGGUGUGUGUGAGGGGUGGUGUGUGUGUGUGUGUGUGGUGUGCUUGGGUGGUGUUUUGUGUUUGCUGAGGGGUGGUGUGUGUGUGUGAGGGGUGGUGUGUGUGCUGGUCUGAAAGGCUGAUCUUUAGAUAAUUACACAUUCCUUAUACUAAUCUUUCUAAUGCUGUAGUAAUUGGUGUGUGAUUGCUCUGUAACAGGUGAUUAACGCAGCUCUGGCGCUAGCUGCGAAGCCCAACAGUAAGGUUGCUCAGGACAACAUGGACCUCUUCAAAGACUCCUGGGAGAAACAGGUCCGCGUCCUCACUGAUGCCGUCGAUGACAUCACCAGCAUCGACGACUUCCUCUGUGUGUCCGGUAAGGGGGGGGGGGCAGCAGCAGAGCUUUCUUUGCAUGUCCAUGCCAAUACAUAUUCACUUUCAGAUUAUUCUUGUGAAUUGAAAUAUGCUUUACAAAUGUAAUGUUCAUAUUAUAUAUGGUCAAAGGUAGUUUUGUUCGGUGUAGAAUUCCGUUUCUGGUUCUAUUGUCAGGAGUUUGAUGCAUGGUUCACACCCAAGCAAAAGUGAUUCUCCUAGUGUAGCAGCUGAAAACCUAUUGUUUUCUCAACACCCCAGUGUAUCUCUCCUGUUAGCCUAGCUGUUGAAGCGGGACAGGUGAAAGACAGGAGGAGGAAGCGAUCAGAGUAGGGCCCUAUCAAAUCCAUGAUGAGGACGGAAUCAUGGAAUUCAGACAUUAAAACGAAAUUCAACAAUAGUCAAAAAUGUGUUGAACUUAGUAGGGAAUCAACUAAAUGUAUUAAACAUUUUUGAAUUACCCCAAGUUUAUCGUAAGGUAUGAACAUAAUGCGUCAAUGAUUCGUAUUUCCUGCAACUUUCUGAAAAGGCAACGAGAGCUCCGCGUAUGUGCGGUGCGUAGGUCUACCACUUUGUGUAGCUGUUGGAGAAGAUGCUAAUGAAAACUUCUGGUAAAUGCGAAGGCAUUCCCAAAAACCUUCUCAAUUAAAUGUUAACUACAUAUUAGCCUGUACUUACCUGGCAAAAUGAUAUCAUGAUUAUUUUCAUCAAUCCAGUGGGUAUUUGUUUGUCUAACUCUAGAAAAACACCACUAAACAGCCUCUUGCUUGGUGCAAAAUGGAAUUAAAGGGUAAAUACAUCCAAAAAUCCCAACAGCAAAAAAGAAUCCCAGACUUCAAAAGUAAAAUAAAAUAAAAAAGGUGUGUUUUGAGAGCGAAAACUGAAGAAAAAAAUGAAACCAGAAACUUGGAAAAACUAAACGCAGGAAACAGAAUUUGGGGGGGGGGGAUCAAUAAAAAGAAAAAUAAUUUUAUAGGGCUUUAAGAGUCUUAAUUGGACACCGCAUCAAAAUGUUUUGCAACCAAACAAGCAUUUCUUAUUGGAGAAGUUCUGGUAGACCCUCCGUUAGCUUCCGUUUGGGUCCUAGUAAAUACACCCCUGGUGAGGAAGGAAGGCAGAGUCUUAAUUGGCCUCUUGUCUGUCGCUGUUAGACAUUAUUUAGAUAUAUUUGCUUCUUAGCGUUUAGUCGUGUUAAACGUAGACUGAGAGGAGCUUAGAUUAGGAGCAGGUAUUCGUCUUCUCUGAUGAGAACAGGACCCAUAUAUUUAACACAGCCGCUUGAUUGGCUUCCUGCCCUCAGCCUCCACGCUCCGACCAACCAGACAGGAGCACUAAGGAUUCCCAAAUAGCACCCUAUUCCCUAUAUAGUGCAGUACUUUUUGACCAGAGCCCCCUCGGGAAGCUUAUACAGCUCUGGUUAAAAGUAGUGCACUAUAUGCUAUUUGGGACUGCUUGGUGCUGAACUGAGAGCAGAGAGAAUUGACAUCCUGUCAUGUACGCGCGACUAAAUAUUUUGCUGUUCGAACCUGGAUUUUUUAUUUUUUUUGAACGUUAAAUGUAUCAGAUAUUUUUCAUUGCACACUCCUACACAACUUUGGCGCACACUUACUCCUUGUAAAAAAACAAAGGUCAGCGUAGAGUCCUGAUGUACAGUGGGGGGGGGAAAAGUAUUUAGUCAGCCACCAAUUGUGCAAGUUCUCCCACUUAAAAAGAUGAGAGAGGCCUGUAAUUUUCAUCAUAGGUACACGUCAACUAUGACAGACAAAAUUAGGGAAAAAAAUCCAGAAAAUCACAUUGUAGGAUUUUUUAAUGAAUUUAUUUGCAAAUUAUGGUGGAAAAUAAACAGGCCUCAUUAUGUAGUAAGCACAGUGACUCCUCUCACCUCCAAACCAAGGACACGCUCUGAAGACGGUCUGGCAGAUUAUGUCCCCCAAACAAAUAGUUUCAGUAGGAUUGUCAGCUACCUAUGGAGUUAGUUUAACCACUUUCUGAUGCUUCUGCUGCUUGUUCUGUAGGAGUUGAGAUUCAGAACCCAGUUUUUUUAUAAUAGGCUCUGUAUGAAUAAACAUUGGUUGAUUUUUGUAUCUUCCCUUCCAGAGAACCACAUUCUGGAGGACGUGAACAAGUGUGUGAUAGCGCUGCAGGAGAAGGAUGUGGACGGGCUGGACCGGACGGCCGGGGCCAUCCGGGGCCGCGCUGCCAGAGUGGUCCAUGUGGUCACAUGUGAGAUGGACAACUAUGAACCUGGAGUCUACACAGAGAAGGUUCUGGAGGCCACCAAGCUACUCACUAACACAGGUAACAUCUCUCUCUCUCUCUCUCUCUCUCUCUCUCCUCCCGUCUCUCUCUCUCUCUCCUCUCUCCUCUCUUCCUCCUCUCUCUGCUCUCUCUCUCUCCUGUCUCUGUCUCUCUCUCUCUCCUCUCUCUUUCUCUCUCUCUCUGUCCUCUCUCUCCUCUCUCUCUUCUCUCUCUCUCUGUGUCUCGUCUCUGCUAGUCACUAACACAGGUAACAGAGUCCUGUAGCUCUUGCAUUUUCUAUCCAUCUAAUAUAGAUAUACCAUUCUUUCUUUCUCUGUUGGUUGUCUUUACCUCUCUGUCUAUACCAGUGGUACGGGUAUCAUAGAUGGUGAGAGUGGGGUCAGGCUAAACCAACCACCUAAUACUAUUACAGAUUCACACAACACAUCCCCUGCUCUCUCCUUACCUUGCCCCCCCCUCCCUUCUCUGAUCCCUCCCUCCCCCAUCCUCUCCACAACUUCCCUCUAUCCCCCUCCCAUCUAUCCCCCAUCGUGCGACCCUCCUCUUUUAGCACCAGUUCUAUGUAAAGCUGUAAGGCAUUCUCCAUUAAGCUCUCUCUAAUCACUACAUCUAGCUAGGCCUUCAUGAACUAUUCAGUGGCCAAUCUGGGUUGUUGUUCAGGAUUAAACGGCAACCAACACUCUUUGUUUGUUUAUUGGGGAAGGCAGAGUUUAGCUAGUUGUGGUCUUUAGAAAGGAGAUCAUUUGAUAUUCAUUGCAAUUGUGGAGGCCUCUUGAGAGUAUCUGUGUGAGUGUUGGUUUAUGGUCAUAUCACCCUUUGAUGGUCUGUCACCUUGGGGUCUGUAUCAAAUGGAGGAUUUAAAGGCGUGACUGGGAACGGAGGCACCGCAGCACCAAAUAAGCUCCCUGCACACUAGGGAUGAGCCCCAACUGGCAACCUAUUCCCUAUAUGUGACCCACCACCUGGAUUCGGUCCAAUGCGUUAGAAUUUUUUUAUUAUUUUUUUAUUAUUUUUUUUUACAUUGGAUAAAAGUAGAGACUCAGAGCAAGAAGAUGGUAUAUCAUACACUACAAUGGGAAAGUAAUUCUGCUUUGAAAGUUGACCCCACUUUUGAGAAAAUGGCCGUUGAAUGUUUUGGUACACCUACUGGAGAGCUCUUCUUUGUCUACACACAUUCAGCAUCGUUCACACCCUCUUAAGCCUUAGCCCCACCCAUCUCUUUAAGGAUUCACAGUGUAGUAAACAACCAAAGAUUUCAAGACUAAACGUGGUGAAAGUAGUAAUAAAAAUAAACUUAAUCUAGUCGUUGGCCUGUAUCCUAAUCUGACUUUGGUGCAGGUCAUGUUGUGCUUCAAAUAACCGUCUCUGCAUUGGGAAAGUAUUCAGACCCCUUUACUUUUUCCACGUUUUGUUACGUUACAGCCUUAUUCUAAAAUUGAUCACAUUGUUUUUUCCCCCUCAUCAAUCUACACCCAAUACCCCAUAAUGACAAAGCAAAAACAGGUUUUUAGACAUUUUUGCAAAUGUAUAAAAAAACACAUACUGAAAUAUCACAUUUACAUAAGUAUUCAGACCCUUUACUCAGUACUUUGUUGAAGCGCCUUUGGCAACGAUUACAGCCUCGAAUCUUCUUGGUUGUGACGCUACAAGCUUGGCACACCUGUAUUUGGUGGGUUGCUCCCAUUCUUCUCUGCAGAUGCUCUCAAGCUCUGUCAGGUUGGAUGGGGAGCGUCACUGCACAGCUCUUUUCAGAGUCUCUCCAGAGAUGUUCGAUUGGGUUCAAGUCCGGGCUCUGGCUGGGCCACUCAAGGACAUUCAGCGACUUGUCCCAAAGCCACUCCUGCGUUGUCUUGGCUGUGUGCUUAGGGUCGUUGUCCUGAACCUUGGCCCCAGUCUGAGGUCCUGAGCAGGUUUUCCUGACUAGUCUCCCAGUCCCUGCCACUGAAAGAUAUCCCAACAGCAUGAUGCUGCCACCACCUUGCUUCACCGUAGGGAUGGUGCCAGGUUUCCUCCAGACGUGACACUUCAGGCCAAAGAGUUCAAUCUUGGUUUCAUCAGACCAGGUCAUCUUGUUUCUCAUGGUCUGAGAGUCCUUUAGGUGCCUUUGGGCAAACUCCAAGCGGGCUGUCAUGUGCCUUUUUACUGAGGAAUGGCUUCUGUCUGGCCACUCUACCAUAAAUGCGUGAUCGGUGGAAUGCUGCAGAGAUGGUUGUCCUUCUGGAAGGUUCUCCCAUCUCCACAGAGGAACUCUGGAGCUCUUGCAAAGUGACCAUUGGGUUCUUGGUCACCUCCCUGACCAAGGCCCUUCUCCCCCGAUUGCUGUUUGGCCGGGCGGCCAGCUCUAGGAAGAAUCUUGGCGGUUCCAAACUUCUUCCAUUCGAAACUCAUCUCCCGGCAUGUCCAGCCCAUCCAUUCUCAGCCAAUAAUCAUGGCUAGCGGGAAGGUUCCUGUCUUUUUUUUUGUGGCUAAACCAACUAGGCUCGUAAUUUAACAAUUUUAUUUGUAUUUACAAGUUUGUUAUUUAGGCACAUAAAAGUCCAUGUUCCAGAAUUUUUUUUUUAAACGUUCAAAUGACUCUCCUGUGAAGUAGUGACGUACGACAUACGCUUAGCUUCCUGAAACGUGUCCCCAAAUAGUGCACUACUUUUGACCAUGGCCUAUAGGGCUGUAGUAAAAAGUAGUGUGCUAUAUAGGGAAUAGGGUGCCAUUUGGGACAGAGCCUAGCUCUGGGUACCUCCAUCACGGUCGGAACAACAUGGGUCAUAAAAACAGAGUGGACUCCGGAGUCUGGAUUCGGUCCUGGUGCUGCUGCUCACUCACACUGAGCUGGAGACGACGGGUAUUCAUCUCGGCUCAGCUUUCUGAGACCUGCUUUUGGUCUUUAUGAUCACUUAGCUACGGGCCGGGGUAGCCUGCUGUUAGCUACGGGCCGGGGUAGCCUGCUGUUAGCUACGGGCCGGGGUAGCCUGCUGUUAGCUACGGGCCGGGGUAGCCUGCUGUUAGCUACGGGCCGGGGUAGCCUGCUGUUAGCUACGGGCCGGGGUAGCCUGCUGUUAGCUACGGGCCGGGGUAGCCUGCUGUUAGCUACGGGCCGGGGUAGCCUGCUGUUAGCUACGGGCCGGGGUAGCCUGCUGUUAGCUACGGGCCGGGGUAGCCUGCUGUUAGCUACGGGCCGGGGUAGCCUGCUGUUAGCUACGGGCCGGGGUAGCCUGCUGUUUGCUAAGAGCCGGUUUUUCGGCUGCAUUGAGUCAGACCUGUCAUUCUGUAGCAUGGGUUAUUUUCACUUUUAUUUACUGUGUACGGUCGAUACUGCUUUCCCUCUCUCUCUCUCUCUCUCCAUCUCCCCCCCCCCCCCCCCCCCCCCUUCUUAUUUACUGUGUACAAUAGAUAUAGCACAUUUGAUUGACAUCCCACCCCUUGGUUCUCCCACCUCCUCCAGUCAUGCCUAGGUUCACAGAGCAGGUGGAGGCAGCGGUAGAGGCUCUGAGUGCAAACCCCACCCUCCCCGUUGAUGAGAACGAGUUCAUCGACGCCUCCCGUCUGGUCUACGACGGAGUCCGCGACAUCCGCAAGGCCGUGCUCAUGAUCAGGGUGAGUGCACACUAG